CCUUGGUGCAAUUAAAAACUUUCAAUUCCAUUAAAUGUAUAAAUUCAGCAGAAUUGUAUAAUUCAUUCCAAAUAUUUUCAAAGUCUAAAUUGAAAAGUGCAUUGUAUUUAAGAGAAAAGAUAUUUGAUGAGA